CGCAGUGGCUAGUCAAGGAAAAGACGUCAGGCUGCCUUUCCUAUUUUUUCCGCCGUUCCAACUAGCAGCGGCAUCUGUGCGUGCCGUACGUUUUGAGGACGACAUUUCAGCAUGCCAAUACAUUAUAAGCCGAAAUCGUUCCACGUAUGAGUACGGGCCUUUUUGUGACCAAGGCGGGAAAUUCAGCCCUACCAUAAAAUUUUGUUGCGAUGUGCUGGAAAAUAAAACAAGUGAACCAUGGCACGCCACCGGUAUUCUCUCUCCUAAUGGCGAAGGAAUAUUUUACGACCUUCUAUUCAUGGUAAUUUACGGCGUCUUCACCUUUCUCUACUUGCUCUACCGCGUCUCGGAACGUCCUUCGCGGAGCAGUCUUUUACCAAAAGCAAACGCAGCCAUCCCGAAAGACGAAGAUGUUGCAGCGGAGUGGACUGCCGUAGAGGAAAUAUGCCUGCAUAGAAACUUUUUCAACAAUAGCCUGGUAGCACAAAGGCUGCACAAAAACUACGGCGCGCUGCAUGUUGUUAAAGAACUCUCUCUUGCCCUGCGACCAGCUGAAUGUUUCGGCCUGCUCGGUGUCAACGGUGCCGGAAAGACGACAACGUUUCGAAUGCUGACCGCCCUCACCCCGAUGACAUACGGCGAAGCCUACAUGAGGGAGGUUGUGCUGUCUGAGGAACCACGCAAGUGGCAAUCCGGAAUUGGCUACUGCCCUCAGGGUGACGCACUGCUGGGGAAGCUGAACGCUUACGAGAACCUCUACCUCUUCGGGCGUCUCCGAGGUGUACCGGAAGAAAGCCUGCCCGAUGUAGUUUCGCAAAUCAUUGAAGUUACAGACUUACAAGAGCAUGCCGCCAAGAGGUGUGACUAUUACAGCGGUGGAAACAAGCGCAAGCUGUCCAUUGCGAUCGCCUUGGUCGGUCUACCUGGUGUUGUGUUCCUGGACGAGCCAUACGCUGGCGUCGACGUGCUGGCGAGGACGCGUAUCUACAUAAGGCUCACUGGCAUUAAGGAGCAAACGAAAUGCAGCAUGGUGCUUACGUCACACAGCAUGGAAGAGUGUGAGGUUGCUUGUGACCGGAUAUGCAUUAUGGUCCAAGGAACCAUGGUCUGCCUGGGAACACUGCAGCAUCUGAAGGACAAGUUUGGCAAAGGCUGCAGCAUCAAAUUCCUGCUUCACGACAAUGCAAACAUGAAGUCGCAGCAAAUAUUGGAGGCUGUGGGCAAGGUAUUUCCAGGCAUGAAGAUCUUGAAUAUCACACAAGAACAAAUCGAAAUUCGCACCCGUGAGAAGCUUCCGUGGAGCGUUCUUUUUCACCACAUUGAAUAUUUGGACAAGGAUAUCGGUUUCGAGCGAGUUCUUGCUUCGGAUACAACAUUGGAGCAGCUGUUUAUUGAGUUUGCCGAGAAAGGGCAAAAUGAAGAGUCAGUCCACAGUGUGUAAUCAGUGCCGUUAACAUCAUCGUUAGUACAGCGUUGGUGACAUCAAAACAAGCGUCCGUACAU